CACUCGGUCGGUACAGAGAGUUGAGCUUUCGGAACAUUUUCAUUUCAUAUUUUUUUCGGCAACUGAUAACACAACAGACAGCACAAGAUGAGACUGAUCGAGAAGGUAUUCAAUCCAACGGGCAAAAAACAUGUCGGCACGCUGAUUUUCUUCCAUGGGUCAGGUGACUCCGGAAACGGGCUGGUUGAAUGGAAUCGUUUCCUGCUGGGAAGGAACCUGGAGUUCCCGCACAUAAAGGUGAUAGUUCCCACGGCACCGGUACAGCCUUACACACCGGCUGGUGGGGAAAAUUCUAAUGUUUGGUUCAACCGCAAACGAAUCGAAAUGGACGCUCCGGAGAUCCGAACGUCACUGGCUUCGAUCUACGAUACGGUGAAUGAGAUGCUGCUGAGGGAGAUGGCUCAGGGCAUACCGGCCAAUAGGAUAAUUGUUGGAGGAUUCUCGAUGGGUGGAGCACUAUCACUGCAUACGGCAUAUCAUUUGAAUCGUGAUUUACUCGGAGUCUUCGCGAUUUCCUCCUUUCUUAAUACCGGUUCUAUCGUAUACGAUUCGUUGGAAUGCGUAACUGCAGAGGAAAAGAUUCCGGAGCUUUUGAUGUUUCACGGUGAGAAAGACGAGCUAGUUCCGAUCGAGUGGGGCCAAACGACGUUCAACGAACUGACGAAACUGGGCGUUCGUGGAAAAUUCGUACCGCAUCGAAGUGCCUAUCACGAAAUCAAGAAGGAUCAACUGGAGCAGGUUAUCGAGUGGGUCAACAAACUGAUUCCGGAGCCCAGGGAGGAUACCCCGCCGGAACCGGAACGUAGUGUCCCGGCGACGAAAAAGAAAGGUAAACUGUAACAGUCGUCGGCGGCACUGGCAAUAAUUUGUAAGAUUUUCUGAGUUUUUGAGUUUAAACGGUUUUUUUUGUUCACUGAAACUAUGUAGUAAAAUCAGGCCGGUACAAACGUUAUCAGUUGCUCAUUUAUUUGAAGUCAUUCGCAGGCAAUAAAUCUUAUCAGACUGAGCAAACAUGGAUUUAUUUCUUUCUUCGCGUACAGAUCUGCAUAGCCGUGUGUCGGUUCCAUGUGAGUUAUUGUACUGU